ACUAUUUUGUUGUUUGUAACGGAUGUCGUCGCGCAAGAAAAUCAAAAACAAGUAGAGUUAGUAUAAAAACAAUUUGUCAUUAGCUCUUUUUUAAUUUUUUUUGUUGCGAUUGUUUCUUGUUCGUUCACAUGAAACAAGAGAGCGUUGUGUGUGUCGGCAUUUCGUGCAAGUGAAAAAUAAAAAAAACUAAGAAUAAAAAAAUGUAAAAGUGUAGAAGAACACCGGAAGUUGAAUGUUAUUUGAUAGCAUUAAUUGGAAUUAAAAAUUACAACAAAACAAGAAAAAAUAUAACAACACAAAGUAAAAAUACAAGUUAAACAAAAAUUAUACAGAAAAUUUUUAAAUAGAAUCUACAAAUAAAACGCAAAGAAAAAAUAAAUAGAAACAACUACCUACGUGACAAGAAAAAAAUUGGAAAAAACCAUUAAAAAAAUGUAUGCCAUUUUUGAACAAUACGAUAAUAUAAAUAACACAACUCGGCAACUCUUUAAAAACUACUAAAAUAUACAGCGCCGUAAUAAAAACAUUAAAAGUGAACACAAAAACAAAGUGAAACGAAACAAGAAUGCACCUGAAAAAGAAACGUUACAUGAAUGAGGAAAGAGACGACCCUACUACAGAUACUACAAGCAUUAGUUAUGGAUCCAACAUGGCCGAUAAUACACGGGAAGUACGAAUAGAGGAGCAAUUAAAAGUUAAAAUUGGAGAAGCUAAAAAUCUUAGUAGCCGGAAUGCGGCGAAUACUAGUUGCAGCACACAAGGUACCCGCGAUGUUUAUUGCACAAUCGCGUUGGAUCAGGAGGAGAUUUGUCGAACACCCACCAUAGAACGUACACUGUCGCCGUUUUUUGGCGAAGAGUAUCAAUUUAAAAUACCACGACGAUUUCGCUACCUGUCCGUGUAUGUAUGGGAUAGAGAUAGACACAUGAAACAAGACAAACCGAUCGGUAAAAUAGCGAUAAAGCGAGAAGAGUUGCACAUGUACAAUCAUAAAGAUCACUGGUUUUCAUUAAGACCGGUUGAUUCGGACUCCGAAGUACAAGGCAUGGCACACAUUGAAGUACAAUUCGAAGAUACGCCAUCUCAAAUUCACGAACAGCGAAUUAAUCUCCUGCGGCCGGGUGACUAUGAACGAAGUAACAGUGAUAUGAUCGAGGAGCUGGUACAGCACCAGGCGUUACAAAAUGAUUAUAAAGAGAACAGUGAACUGAGCAAUAUACAACGAAGUAAUGCGCAAAAGGGCGGCAUUAGGACUACCAGUGUGGGUAGUACUAGUAGUGGUGGACUGUUCGGUAACAACCAGCAUCAGAAUACCGAACACGGCACUAAUUGGAAGAAUACAUCGCUGACGACAGCUGGCGGAAAGCACUCACGUGUCACAAUACGUGUACCUGAAUGUACCGAUUUGGCGAAGAAGAAUGGAACUUGUGAUCCGUAUGUGGUGUGUACAGCAUUGUACUCCAACAAGCGUCAGAUCUCUAAACGCACCAAGUUACGAAAGAAAACUGUAAAUCCGGAGUUUGAUGAAUUGAUGAGUUUUGAUCUAUGCAUUGAUUCUGAGCCUACAGCAUCGGCAAAAUCUUCCCACAGUCAGUACGAUUCUAGCAGUGGAGGCGGUACAAUAAAUUCGAAUAAGGCCUAUACAAUUUAUCCCGUAGGAGGAGCUGAUCUCUGUGAGAUAACCGUGACUGUGUGGCAUGAUGCAUCGGGCAUGUCGGACAAGGUGUUCCUGGGAGAAGUAAAAUUACCCAUGCGAAAUAAACAGCAACAAUGUGCUGUUCAACCGUCCGCCUGGUAUUAUCUGCAACCUAGAUCGUUGGGGUCAACUUCUCGCACUGUAAAUACAAAUACGCGUUCAUGUGCCACACCGCCAGGAACGCGGCUGAGUGGAGAUAGUACGAUUGGCUCGUUACGUCUCAAAAUCCUGUACACCGCUGACCAUGUAUUCCCGCUUGCCACGUACGACGAUCUUAUGAAUCUGCUGCUGGAGUCGGUGGACCAACGACCCAUCAUGCUGUCAUCGGUUUUUAUACUUGGAGAGCUGGUGUCGUGCAAAACAGAUGUUUCACAACCACUCGUUCGACUUUUCACACACACCGGGCGCAUUGCACCCAUUAUCAAAGCUUUGGCCGACCACGAGAUCUCAAACUUAACCGAUCCUACGACAAUAUUUCGUGGCAACACUUUGGUGUCAAAAAUGAUGGACGAGGCGAUGCGCCUGUCGGGCCUGCACUAUCUACAUCAAACAUUGCGGCCCGUUCUGGCGCAAAUACUUGCUGAGAAAAAACCAUGUGAAAUUGAUCCGUCCAAAGUUAAAGACCGCUCAGCUGUCGACACGAAUCUACAUCAUCUGCAAGACUAUGUGGAGAGAGUAUUUGAGGCUAUAACAAAAAGUGCGGUGCGUUGUCCGAAGGUGUUGUGCCAAAUAUUCCAUGAUUUGCGUGAAUGCGCCGGCAGACAUUUUCCCCACAACCGAGAAGUACGUUACUCUGUAGUGUCGGGUUUUAUAUUUUUGCGUUUUUUCGCCCCUGCCAUUUUAGGACCGAAACUAUUUGACUUGACCACUGAACCAUUGGACUGCCAAACAAACAGGACUUUGACAUUGAUUUCAAAAACCAUACAAUCUUUGGGCAAUUUAGUAAGUUCGCGUUCUUCACAGCAACCCUGUAAAGAAGAGUACACCGGUCAGUUGUAUAAGAAAUUCUGCACAGAAAAGCAUGUUGAGGCCGUGAAAACCUUUCUUGAAAGUAUUUCAACACCCUGUGCCGACGAAGUUAGCCCAACACAUGAAACGAGUAGUUUAUUUCCGGUUGGAGAAAAUAAUUUAGAGCCAGUUUUACUUAAGGAGGGAGAGGGCAUGAUGACAAAGUAUCCUCAAUGUCGUAAACGCUUUGGACGACGUCCUUUUAAGCAACGCUAUUUUCGUUUAACCACCCAAUCUUUAAGUUAUGCCAAAUCAAAAGGCAAACAAACCAUCUGUGAUAUACCGCUGGCUGAAAUUGAACGCGUCGAACAAUUAAAUGAAAAAAGUUUUAAAAUGCAAAAUUGUUUUAAGAUCGUACGAAAGGAACGUUCCCUUAUUGUACAAACAACUAAUUGUGUUGAAGAACGAGAAUGGAUUGAUCUCUUGCACAAAAUUUGCUUAACUAAUUCGAUACGAUCGCAAUACUUUCAUCCAUCGGCAUUUGUGAAUGGCGUAUAUAGCUGUUGCGAUCGUUCCGAUGAAAAUGCUCCCGGUUGUAAGAAUGUCUCGCCUGAAGCAAUGGACUACUUUCAAAUGGAUUUAAUAACAGCAUUGGAUCCUGCGUUAGAUUUACAACGAAUACACACAUUAAUUAUGUCUCAUAUGACACAGCUGGAGGUAUUUCUCGAUCAGACAGUGGCUUUCCAUCAGAUACAGCAACAACAUAAUCCACUGGUGGCGACGGCUAUGGCCUUUCAGCAGCAGUCUGCACAUGCUUACGGGAAAUUUAAAGCAACAAUAAUGCAGCUGCGUGAAGUGGCAUAUGUAAUUGAUAAGGAUCAUCGAAAUUAUAAGCAGGGAAUAGCACGUGAGUUGAAAUAUGGCAGUCGGCAGGCACCGAUAGGCGAUGAUAAUUAUUUACAUAUGAUGCGUGCAGCGGGACACAUGAAUUUACAACAGCAACAGCAGCAACAACACCAACAAAUGCAACAACAACAACAAGUAUUGCCGCAAAUGCAAUUGGUAAUGGCAUAUCCAUAUCACCAGCAGCAACAACAACAGCAACUCCAACAACAUGGAAAUAUGAACGCAUAUUUUAUGCAUAAUUUACAGUCCGCACAACAGCAGCAACAGCAAAGACAACAACAUCAGCAGCAACCUUUUUAUCAACAGCAAACAAUACAGCAGCAACAACAACUUAACAACAAUCAACACCAUUUAUUGCGUGCCGCUGCAAUGGUACAUCACCAUCAUUCACACCCGACAGCAACACCAUCUUCCAGCAAUUCAUCCACGACUUCAAGCGUAGCACCCACACUCACGCCCACAUCUAGCAUUUACUUACGUGACACCCUCACCGUCGAACGCUAUGCAAACAAAUGCUAAAAUCAUUCGUUACUGUGCUAAACUAUUGGUGCAGUUCAACAAUACCUUCAUUAUUCUACAUGAUACUUAUCAUCGUCUCAUCAUAAUCUCCUUUAUAUUUUUAAACGAUAUGAUCAACCCCACCAACCAAAUUUACAUCUUGCAUUUGUAACAUAAAUUACAACUCUGCAUUAUUCAGAUAUCAGAUCCAUAUUCAGGGAUACACACAUACAUACAUCAUAGAUGAAUGUUUAAGCAGUAUUCAGAUAUCAUUCUCUCCAAUUCAAAUUUAUUAGUGCGCGCAUCCAGCAGAUUAGAGUAAUUAAUUUGGUCGGUUUUCAAGUUUGACUACUUUUCAUUUUAAAUUUAUGAAAAUUUGCGCAAAACUUUGACUGUUUAGCGACUAGAAUGUUUAUCUCAUUUUGGGCAUUUUACACAUUUGCUGUAGUAGACGUAGUCGUCAAGCAUUAUUUUUCGCAUUUACACUUGUGCUCAUGAAGACAGUAUUAUAUACUCUGUAUCUGGUCAGUAUCUUCCCUUUAAAAGCAAUAACUUUUGAAAAAGAUUUAUGCAAUAGCCCACAAUAAAUAAUUGAAAAGCUGUCGUCUACAACCGCAGCACAAACAAAAUGGCAGUAGCGUUUUCCUUUUUCCCGAUUUCUUAGUUGGAAUCUUAACCUUUCCAUUUAUUGAGCAAAAGAACGAGUGAAUGUAGUUCAUGUUACAAGACAAGAGAAUUUUUUUUACUAAAAAUAAAUGUAAAAACAAGAAUUCUAAAAGCUAAAAAGUUCAAAUUAUGUAUAGAAAAUUUUGAUUUAUUUUAAUAAAAUGUUUAAUAUGUAUGUUUUUUUAUAAAUACAUAUAAAUACAUUGUAUGUAAACUAAUUGUAUCUGUGUUAAUACUAUUAUUAACAUUAUAUACAUAUGUACAUCCAAACAGAUAAACAUACAAACACACAUGAUCAUACGGAUGUAAAUAAAAUUAUAAAUAAAUAUUAUAUUAUAUUAUAUUAUAGUAUAUAUGUAUAAUUACAUGAGUUUACCACUCGUUAGAAGAUUAAUUAUAUCCUUCUUCUUUCAUAAAAUCUGAGCAUGAAUGAACAAGUAAUAAGUAUACUGAAUAAAAAAAACUAAUGUUUAGAGUUGUACAUGAUUUGUAUUUAAUACGUUUAACAUUACUAUUAUUAUAAUUAUAAUUAUUAUUUGUAUAACUAUCA